AUGGCGGCGCCGCAAAGAUACCAUCGACUUGCCAGAAUUAUGGAGGAGGAUAAAAACUUUGCCAUCUUCCGGAAAUUUGACGAGGUCAAUAUCACACAGCUGAUGGCGCUACAAGCAGAAAUUGUCGAGCUUCAGUAUCGGUUUCAACUGAAAGCCGAGCAGGAUGAUAAAAACGGGCACAUUCACUCGGGAAGUUUUCACGCACUUCGGCAUUCGGUACCAACGAGAAGGGACAAAGAAGCUCAUAAUGAUGGCAACGAUCAGUUAAGCCUUCUAAAUGCUCUACGGACGAGGAUUACUGAGUACAACACUUUACUUCUACAAGCACUCACUGGCAACGAAGUCGCAGAGCUAUCGAAACUACCAACUCCCCAAAAGUCGCAAUUAGACGCCCUACAGGAUUGGCUCACAGAUCCUAAAGGUGGCGACAACUUCACAGCGAAGAUGGGUGGUACGGAACUUUACACUUGGAAACCGACAGACGUGACAAAAUACGUCUCGCUCCGCCAACCAGCUGAAGAUUCCGACCCGUUCACUGAAUUCAUCAUGGGUGUCAUGGCUCGAAUAUAUCAUCGCAUCUUCAGCCAGAAGUUCAUGACUGGCCGAGUCGUCGACCUCGAAUCUGGGCUGACCUCAUAUUCGGACUCCAAGCUUAUCAAAGCGAGCAAUCUGAUUGCUGUCAUGGUGUCGUCAGCACUCCCUGUAUUGACAAUAUUUGUUUUGAAUACUCUCACCUCGACGACUCUGAGGUUGGGUCUUACUGUUUUGUUCACCGUUGUUUUUGCUGUCGUGCUGGAAAUAUUUACUAGUGCGAAGAGGAUUGAGAUAUUUGCUGCUACAGCUACGUUCGCCGCUGUCGAGGUGGUGUUUAUUGGCAGUGCUUUGAAGAGUGAUUGA